AACAAUUCUCUGAACCUUAAUUUUCUAAUAUAGACAUGGUUGUUAGAUUGCUAAUAUUUAAUGCUGAAUGAAUUCAUAUUGGCUAAGUGAAUGAUAUCAUGAUUAGUAUAUUAUGAAGUUGUUCACACUGUCUAACAUGCUAUAUAUGAAGUGAAUUAGUUACAGUCAGUGUUUUAUUGCAGGUUUCUUAUUACCUCCUGUCAAGCACACCUGAAUGGAUUCCAUGGCAACUACAAAUAAUGUGACCGAGUUGAUUUUCACUGGUCUUUUCCAGGAUCCAGAGGUGCAGAGGGUGUGCUUUGCAGUGUUUCUUCCUGUGUACCUGGCCACAGUGGUGGGCAAUGGCCUCAUUGUUCUGACGGUCAAAGUCAGUCAGAGUCUGCAUUCCCCCAUGUACUUCUUCCUGAGUUACCUGUCCCUGGUGGAGAUCAGCUACUCCUCUACUGUUGCCCCCAAGUUCAUCGCAGACUUGCUUUCCAAGGUUAAGACCAUCUCCCUGGAGGGCUGUGUGGCUCAGAUAUUCUUCUUUCACUUCUUUGGAGUUGCCGAGACAUUCCUGCUCACAGUAAUGGCCUAUGACCGCUAUGUGGCCAUCUGCAAACCCCUGCACUACACAGUCAUCAUGAGCCGGGCUGUGUGUCACCGUCUGGUGGCUGGUUCCUGGCUGGGGGGCUUUUUUCACUCCAUGGUUCAGAUUAUUGUCACUCUCCAGUUAUCCUUCUGUGGUCCCAAUGUGAUUGACCACUACUUCUGUGACCUCCACCCCUUAUUCAAGCUCGCCUGCACUGACACCUCUGUGGAGGGGCUUGUUGUGUUGGCCAACAGUGGAUUAAUCUCUUUCCUUUCCUUCCUCAUCUUGGUGUCCUCCUAUAUCGUCAUCCUGGUCAACUUGAGGAACCAUUCUGCAGAGGGAAGGCGCAAAGCCCUCUCCACCUGUGCCUCUCACAUCACGGUGGUCGUGUUGUUCUUUGGACCUGCCAUCUUCCUCUACAUGCGGCCCCCCUCCACCUUCACUGAGGACAAACAGGUGGCCAUGUUCUACUCGGUGGUCACCCCCAUGAUGAACCCCAUCAUCUACACACUCAGAAAUGCAGAGGUGAAAAUUGCCAUGAGGAGGUUGUGGGGCAGGAAAGUGAAAUAAGGGGUAGGAUAAAAAUAGAAAACAUGGAAAAAAUUAGAAAGAACAAGUUGAUAAAAUAUGCAUUCUGAUUUUGGUCAACUGAAAGGACUUGAGCAAAAGUUAACAUUCCUGCUUUCUGUUGUAUUUUAGAUGACCCUCUUAUAUUCCAUGGUAUCAGUCACAGCCAUACAUACACACGUAGCUAGCUGUAUUUUGGAGAAUGUUAAAAUUUGAGCUUCACUUCUCCUUUUUUUCAGUAGCCUGUCAUCUGACAUCCAUAGACUUAAGGAAAGAAUCACUUGACUGUAAUCUCCACUCUAUCACCUUGUACCUAUGCAACCUUUGGUUCAUUCACUUAAUUUCUUGGUGUUAGCACGCUGCAGUAUAUGGAAAGAUAAUGGUACUUGGAGACAGAAGAUUAUGUUUUGCUUUGUUCUCCCUCAUCAAUUUGAUCUUGUUGGAGUUCCCAAAAGACUUUUCAACUUCCUUUUGCUCCCCUAUAGCAUUAAUAUGGCUGAAAAUCUCAAAUUCUGCAGUAGCAGCUUUAUUUCAUGGAAUUAAGGGAUAUGGUUAUAAUGGAAAUAACUGGGAGGUGAAAUGCAAUAAAUAUAACCAUUAAGUAUUAG